AGCAGUGCAACUGCUACUCAUCCUCUUCACUGUCACUGUUCUCGCUUGCGGAGCCAUUGAUAAACCCUAGAUUUCUCUGCUCUUCCUCCUCGAUUGAAGCAGGUUUCUGGUCAACAAUGCGGAAGUAUUUACUGGAAGUUAGCCCUGAGCGAGCCAGACCAUGGUCGGAGCCGCUGCCGAAGCUCCAACAUGAAAGAAAGGUCCCGGUUGUUUACUAUCUCUGUAGAAAUCGCCAUCUUGAACACCCUCACUUCAUUGAGGUCCCUCUCUCUUCUCCUGAUGGCCUAUAUCUCAAAGAUGUGAUUGAGAGGUUGAAUGUGCUGAGAGGGAAGGGAAUGGGAGGGAUGUAUGCUUGGUCUUGCAAAAGGAGUUAUAAGACUGGAUUUGUGUGGCAUGAUCUUGAGGAGGAUGAUCUUGUUUUUCCGGCGAGUGGGAAUGAGUACGUGCUCAAGGGUUCUGAGAUUUUGGAUCAAUCUCAUGGUUCUGAUCAAGGGUUUAAUCGUGGUAGCUUUGUGAAAUUGGAAUGCUCGCAACCUGUUCGGAGAAAUGCCGAGCUGAAACCUCCACCUCGGCGGCUGCAUUCCUCAUCCUCAUCCAGCACUGGUUGUUCUGAUGAUGGUGCUGGAAGCUCGGUAGAAUUGCAGGUUUGCAAUCCAAGCAUUGCUCAAGAUGUGGCGACACAGACCAAGGAGGGGCGCAAGAAGGAGACUUGUGAUCGAGGAAUGUGGACUGAGGAUAGCUCUGUUGAUAAGCAGAAACAGAGGUCUGAGAUUGAGAGGGAGGAGAUUUCCCCAGUGUUGUCGGAGAGAAAGGUGGAAACUUUGGAGUCAUUGAUCAGAGCUGAGGUCAAAAUGAAUAACUUCAGAAUUUCAGAAGGAGAUCAAAUGCUUGUUUCUGCAAGGACAAGGUUGAGAGCUAGCAAUGUGCUCAUGCAUUUGAUCACUUGUGGGUCAAUCUCUGUGAAGGAUCACCAUUCAAGGUUCUCUAGGAUGAAGUUUACUCCAACGGUGCUUCGGGGUUCUGGGAUGCUUGGAGAGCUUGAUUGCUUAUCCGAUAAUCCAAGGCUCAUGGGAUUGAGGUUGGAGGAUAAAGAGUACUUCAGUGGGAGCUUGAUUGAGACUAACAGGCAUAGAGAGGAAGGUGUUGCUGAUGUCUCUGCUCUUAAGCGCUCUUCAUCGUUCAAUGCUGACAGGCAUUGCACAUCACCAGAUUCAAAGAAGGAGAAGGAACUGCGUACGGAUUCUUCCCGAUCCAAAUGCCUUCCAAAAACAAUAAAAAUUAUGUCGAACAAACAGUCACGGAAUGCAACAAUGAGAUCACCUACAUCUGAAGCACCAAGGACAUCUUCAGCCAUGCUGGACUCGUCGAAAUCCUCACCUCUAUGUUCAUCAAAAGCUGGAAGCAGCCGGAUAAUUACUGAUGCAUCCUCACAGAAAGGAUCGUCAAUGAGGUUAGAAUCUUUUAAAGAGCACAACGACAAAGUUAUCAAGAUCGAAGAAAGACUUACUUCUGGAGCUCGGGUUAUAAUCCAAUCAACGGCAAUAUGUGACGAUAAGGAGGAUAUCUCAUGUUCUAGUUCGUGAACAAGAACUUGUUUGUAAAUUUCAGAAAUCGAAAAUGAAGGGAAGCACAACAUUAACAGAGUGAAAGACUGAUGAUCCAUAUGAAAUUUUUGGUUACUAAUCUCUAAUUUAGAAUGGCUUAUAUAUCAUCUUUCUUGCAAAUUUUUUGUUAAAAUUAUGAGUUUUGGUUGUACUGAAUGAAGUCAUUGUGUAUUGUUUAUAUCUGAAAUAUGUUGUUUUGUAUUUGCUAUUGUGAUCCCCUAAACUUUACUGUCUCUGA